GGGAAACUUUGUUUUCAGAUCCUUCAGACUGGGAUUGUACUAGUUUGAGACCCAAUAAUGCGGCUGGUCAAAGAGCUGAGCAUUUGAAAGUGGAUAAAUGUCCAUUGGUAUCACAAUCAGUGACCACAAACCAUUCAGCACCCACAGAACUGAGGCAGACGGCCCUAGUAGAUAAAGAGCAGAUGAAUAUUGGAGCCGUGUCUCUGUCAGAAAAUGCAGCGCUCCGUGGCCUGCGCGAAUCACAGCUGCCAGAGAACAGAAGCAGCAAAGAAGCAGACCUAGACUUAGAAAUGACAUUUAAGGAAGAGCAAGAAGGACUUCAUGGAAUUGAAAACAGCCAGUCACACGCAUGUACUGUGAAAGAAAAGAAAUCUGAAGGUCAAAUCAGGCAGAUUAAUCUUUCACCUGUGCAUCUGCAAAAAAUGCCUGGAGGACCAGGAAUGAAUAAGGAACAGGACAGAAAGAACGUGCAUGUAUCUUCAAAACAUACCUGUGUGGAGAAGCAUGAGGACAUGUGGGUCAAAAAACGCAAAUUAGACUGGAAAAUUAAUACAAAAUUUAUCACGAAGAAGUUAAAUCAGAAAGUGAGUAAAAUCCGUGAAAAAUGCAAAAUUACUGUUCUUCAUAAGGCAGAGUCACUACAUGACAACUCUGAACUACAUGGUGACUUAAAGAAACUACCUUCCAAUGUGACAAAUAAUACAUGUGAUUCUGAGGGAAAAGAUGCCCCUGGAGCCUCUGUCUCUGUAGGAUCCCAGGUGCUCCCUCCACACGAAGAGCCCAGUCUUGAAAGUGUCUUUCCAUCUUAUUCCAAGUCUGAUUCAGCAAAGCGUGGUUGCCAGUCAUCUUCAAAACUUUAUUUAAAUGAAAAUAAGUUAACUGAAAAUGAUAAACCGGACACUGAACAUGUUUGUAAUAAAAAUGAGGAAGGUUUCUUUACUGAUAGAGAAAAUGAAGUAAGGAACCGAGCUCAACUUCUGGUGAAAGAAGACCAGGAAUUUGAUACGAAAAGAAAACAAAAAAGGAGCCAAAAUACUCGCUGGAAAUCAGACAUCAGACACACGCCUCUGGUAAGUGGUCCAAAAAGCCUUUUUGUCUUGUGGCUUGCCCGCUCCAGUGAGAUGAAACACAUUAUUCAGAUAAAAAGUCACGCUAUGUCUGCUGUUUCAAAUACUUACAAGAAAACCAAACCAAUACAAGACCAGCUCCAGAAGCCAUUGCCUGCAGAUAACUGCGAUGCUAAUAACUCUAAAAUCAUGGACCCCGAGUUAGGAAAUGUGAGUUCUUCUCCAUCAAAUGGUAACAGAAAAGUGUAUCUAAAAGAGUUACACCAAGAUAUGCAAAGGUUUAAGAAUGAGGUAGGCAUGUUACAAGGAGAAUUCCUGGCUUUGGAAAAAGAAAAUCAGCUUCAAAAAGAGCUUCCUUAUGCAGAUUAUGUUACCUUAUUGAAAAUUCAGAAUGCAGUUCAUUCAUUCAGAAGCUUAAUAGAAUGUAAAGAAUCUGACUGUGAACUGCUUAGAGGAAAAGUUAAAAAAAUGGAAAAUAAGGUUAACAAGCUACAAAAAGAGCUUUUGGAAGCAAGAGAAAUGAAUUCACAGUUAGAACGUCAAAAUGUGGCGUGGGAACGAGAGCUCUGCAGUAUGAGGGAGAAACAAUACAAUGAACAAGUUUUGCAGAAACAGCAACUUGAAAGCACUCUCCAACCACUAGAAUUUGAACUGAAGAGCAGAAGGAAUAAACUGAGUCAGGUAAAUUAGUCUUAGGUGAAAAUUUCAUAUCUCUAACACUGUUUCAACAAUAUUAUUUAUAAUAUUCCUUUGAAUUAAUCUAUAUUUUUAUUUAAAACAAAUUUAAAAAGUUAUCUCAUCCUAAAUAU